GCGGUAGUGCUAGUGGAGGUGCCGGCCCGGGAGAGGGCGGAUGUUGACAUUGUGUUGUUGUUAUUGCUGAGGGUAAUGGCGGCAGCCGAGACCCGAGCUCCUCUGUAGUCCGACUCGAGAGACAGCGGCGAACAACUCCGCGGCCUCGGAGCCGGCGGCAGCGACGCCCCUCAGCCCCCACCCCCCCGGCGGCAGGACCCCCACCCAGCUCGCGGACUCAGGCCCUGUGGACCGGGGGCGCCUGGGAGGCUCGGGAUGGCGGAUUUCGACGAGAUCUACGAGGAGGAGGAGGACGAGGAGCGGGCCUUGGAGGAGCAGCUGCUCAAGUACUCGCCGGACCCGGUGGUGGUCCGCGGCUCCGGUCACGUCACCGUAUUUGGACUAAGCAACAAAUUUGAAUCAGAAUUCCCCUCUUCACUAACUGGAAAAGUAGCUCCUGAAGAAUUUAAAGCCAGUAUCAACAGAGUUAACAGUUGUCUUAAGAAGAACCUUCCCAUUAAUGUCCGUUGGCUACUCUGUGGCUGCCUUUGUUGCUGCUGCACAUUAGGCUGCAGUAUGUGGCCGGUUAUUUGCCUCAGUAAAAGAACACGAAGAUCGAUUGAGAAGUUAUUAGAAUGGGAAAACAAUAGGUUAUACCACAAGCUGUGCUUGCACUGGAGACUGAGCAAAAGGAAAUGUGAAACGAAUAACAUGAUGGAAUAUGUCAUCCUCAUAGAAUUUUUACCAAAGACACCAAUUUUCCGACCCGAUUAGCAUUGACUUGAUUUCUAGAGACUUUCCAAGUAUGUUGUCUUUCCAAUGGUGCCUUGCUUGGUGCUCUCCUGAUGGUGACAUAACAUUGCUCUACAGAAUCGUGUGGUGUUUUGUUUUGUUUUUGUUUGUUUUUAAAUAACCGCAUGUUCUAAGUGUGCAUUUUUGUCAAACUUUGCAACAGUUAUUUCAUACAGAUGUUUAAUACUUAAGUUAUUGUGCUCUUUUCUGUUAUGUAUUCUGAUUUCAAGGAUUACUUUUUUGUAUUAUCAAAAAAAUACAUUUGAACUUA